GCUCGACGUUGCCAUCACUGGCACUAGCAGUUAGCUAACUCCUCCCUCAACGCCUUCAAAACAGCACCGACUCAUCGUGCUCGUCCCCACGCGAGAGAGCGUACAUUGCACACAUCUCUCUCUCCCUCUCUCAUACACACACAUAGUAGACCGAAUUUAACGUUACCAAUUACAUCGCAUCCCCCGCCACCCGCGAUCCGUUUGCGAAUAAUGACCGGUGCUCUUCCGAUAACGUUCAACUCGGUUAUCGGAACAUGACGAUGGAUACGAUGGAUACAAUGGAUGUGAUGGGUUCCGACGCUGCAGGCGCUGCAGGAGUUGCCACUUCUACUGAUGGGCUCUAUGUGAGCCCGACCUCUUUUAUUCAGACAGCCGAGAAUCGGUUCGGCGCCAACGUCCUCGAUGACCUCCGAGCAUUCGUCAGCGGCGCACCCCAGGAUAUCGAUCUGGCGUUUGAGGACGAAGACUCCGGGGUCGACGAUGAGGAUGACGAGCCCAUCGACGAAGAAGUGUUCUUGGAGGCGAAUCAAUGGGUCACGCACCUCAGUCCAGGACUCGAGACCGACCAUGCCCAGCACGGCUUCCCGAGAAUCGCGACUACGAGAAAUAACCUGACUGCUCUUUCACAACGGUACAACCUCUACUUUGCCGCCUACCAAGACCGGAUCUAUGUCUACCGGCCGCGUAGAGCCGGGCCCCAGAUACUCCCCCCUCCGGCCCUUAUCCUCUACCCGCAGCCGUCCAAAUGGGCCGAACGAUGCCACGGGGUGCUGGACCAACGUUUCCCCCACCAGGUCAAUCACCUGAUUGUGGGGAACCUGGGAAACUUCGAAAUCCUCUUGUUGACUUACGACGACGGCGACACGAUAGCGUACUAUACACAUCAAAUCGUUCACUACAUCAAGGUAAACAGCGGCCGCACGCGCAGCCCAGGCCCAUCCUCGACCCCUCACGGAGCACAUCCGAAGCCUUUUUUUCACGAGAAUGUGGGCGAGUCAGCUUGGGGGCUUGCCAUCCACGAGCAGUCCAGGUUAAUUGCCGUCAGUUCGAACCUCCACGAAGUUACCGUGUUUGCCUUUGCACUCAAGCGGCCGGAUAGCACCUCGCCACGAUUUUCCGAGCAGAACAUGCCCCCCGUCCACGCCGUGUGCGGUCACUCGGCACUCGCGCUCCAGAGACACUUCCAAGCGAGGUCGAGAUCGUGGAGGAUCGUUCUCCCGCUUGGCAACGGGGGCAGCAAUAUCCCCAACGUGUCCUUCGUGGACGAUGAGAUGGGCGAUGCGGAAAAGGUUGCCGCCAUCGACAUCACGGGCGCCGUGGUGUUCCUGGAUAUCUGGAGGCUCGGCUUCCCGAACGCCCGGUGGCCGGACGCCGGCUACUUGAGGGAGGCACAUCUCGCACCCACUGUGAGAGGCUGGGGCGUGCUGGUGCUUCCUUACAGCAGCUUCAAGCCGACCAAGACGAUCCGCGAAGCGCUCGGCGCCCCUGGGAAUGAGGUGAUUGCCGUCAAGAAACCCGAGGGCGGCGACAGGGUGUGGCUGGACACCACCUGCAGCCUGUACUACAUCAACGGGUUCGAACCGAACCCGGACACCCUGUUCCGGCAGCGCAACGCUCGCCAUGACUAUGCUAGGAUGCACGCAUCGAGCCAAGACUACGAGGAAGACGAACUUUCGGACGGAUGGGAGAGCGAGAGCGAGGCCGACGCCGAGGAGGGCGCGCAAACGACGAGCCUACAACCGACAGGCGGGCAUACGGCCGGCAUUGUGGCGGUAUCUCUGGCCCGCCGAACAGGGAAACCGUGGUGCGACCGGUCCUUUUACAAAGGCACGCAGGACUUCCAGCUCGGCCAAUGCAUCAUCCCCAACCUGGGCGAGGUACUCGAACUCGACGACAGCCUCGACACCCGCACCCAAUUCAGCCGGCUCUGCAUCGAGCGCAAGCGCAAGACAAAAGUCGUCGAGUUCGCCCCGGCCGACAGCCACCUCAGCAAGAACUACUGCCUCCUGCGCACCUCCUCCACCGACGUCGAGCUCCAACCCCUCGACCCCAACACCCCCUGCAUCGAAUGCAAAUGGGUCCUCCCCCACCAACACAACACCCGCACCACCACCACCACCGGCGCCGCCCCUGCCCCGCAGCCCUGGGACCUGCACCCGAUCUACUCGGAGCGCAUCAGCAUGCUGCACCACGUGCCCGAGCUGGGCCUCGUCGUCGCCGGCUCGCCCACGGGCCGCGUCGCCCUGCUCGUCCUCACCCGUGCCGCCCCAACCCGCAUGCUGCACAUGACUAGGCUCCGCCACGGGUUCCGCGUCGCGUGUGUCCUGCCCCGGAAGGGCGAGACCCGUCCCGAUGGGACGCGGGUGCAGCCGGGGUGUACGCUUGUGGGUGUGGCGGUGUCGCCUGCGCCGCGGCUGCCGAGGUUGGGGUUGAGGUUGGGUGCGAAGGGUGGGGUGGGGGGUGGUGGUGGUGGCCUUGGUGGUGGAUUUGGUGGUGGUGGUGGUGGCAAGGCGCUGCCGGUGACGUAUCGGCUGAUACUGCAUUAUAAGGAUCAUACUAUUCUGGCGUAUGAUGUGAGGAGGGAGGGGGAGGAGGAUUUGUUGGUCUUUUGAACCUCCCUCAACUUGGUACCGUAGGUCCGUCCGGGUUCGGGUCGUGAUGGGUACUAUGUACUAGGACGGGGUAUUCAAAGGAUGGGGAUCCGGGGGUG